UAUUCAUCGUUUUAUAGUGAACUUCGAGUUGUUGAAUAAUAUUAAAGCAAUACAUUAUUCGUCUUAUAUCGACAUUAUUGUGUAUUAAGUAUUUCGGUCUAAAUCCGAAGGCAGGAAAUAGAGGAACUUGAGACUGCCACGCUAACGCCUGCAAACAUGCAGAUCUUCGUGAAGACGUUGACGGGGAAAACCAUCACCCUUGAGGUUGAGCCCAGCGACACUAUCGAAAAUGUCAAGGCAAAGAUCCAGGACAAGGAAGGAAUUCCCCCUGAUCAGCAGCGUCUGAUCUUCGCUGGAAAGCAGCUUGAGGAUGGACGCACACUGUCUGACUACAACAUUCAGAAAGAAUCCACUCUGCAUCUGGUUCUGCGUCUGCGUGGUGGCAUCAUCGAGCCUUCUCUCAGGCAGCUGGCCCAGAAAUACAACUGCGACAAGAUGAUCUGCCGCAAGUGCUAUGCCCGUCUGCACCCGCGUGCUGUCAACUGUCGCAAGAAGAAGUGUGGGCACACCAACAACCUUCGCCCCAAGAAGAAGCUGAAGUAGACAUUUUGACUGAAUCGGCUCUCUAUGCCAUUUUGUGUUAAAAUAAAUGUAAAAAUGAA